UAUCUGAGCUAUUUUGUGUUGCUUUAAUAAGCUCUUGCGAAAUUUCAACAUUGCUGGUUAUAAUUUCUAACUUGAAUCGUCCUUUGUUGUAAAAUUGUGAACUUCAAUAGCGACUGUUGUCAUUUAUGACGUCAUUAUCCAAAACUGACGUCAUAAAAUGAAAGACGCUAGUGACGUCAUUAGCUAGUGCAUUUCGCUCGUGAUUUUAUGCGAAGCGGACGUGCUUUAAAUUUCUCUUGAAGUUUUUAUCUGCCUGAGAUCGAGAUGUCAAGCGAAGCAAUGAAGGAAGGCCCCCUGACGGGAAAGUCAGGCAGUGCAGACCACCUCGACCAUGGCGAUGCCGCAUCCAGGACGAUGCUGGCUCAAACAAAGCCUGUCACACUAGUCCUGAAGGGUGUGUUCAGUGAGGAGAUUUUCAUCUUCGGGAGUUGGGAUUCAUGGCAGAACGGCAGUAAGGUCACCAAAAGUGACAGGGAUGACGAAUAUCAGAUUGACCUGAAACUUGGAGCUGGGCGAUACGAGUUCAAAUAUAAGACCGCCACUGGACACUGGUUCCACAACGAGGACAUGCCCACAACUAUGAACGUCUUCGGAACCCUGAACAACAUCUUGGAUGUACCGGCUGUUCCCUCUGCGGCCAAGGACGAGGUAGCCUCUGCGGCCAAGGACGAGGUAGCCUCUGCGGCCAAGGACGAGGUAGCCUCUGCCGUCAAGGACGGGGUUCCCUCUGCCGCCAAGGACGGGGUUCCCUCUGCUGCCAAUGACGGGGUUCCCUCUGCCGCCAAGGACGGAGUUCCCUCUGCCACCAAGGACGGGGUUCCCUCUGCCACCAAGGACGGGGUUCCCUCUGCCGCACAGGACGGGGUUCCCUCUGCCGCCAAGGACGGGGUUCCCUCUGCCACCAGGGUCGAGGUUCCCUCUGCCGUCAAGGACGGGGUUCCCUCUGCCGCCAAGGACGGGGUUCCCUCUGCCACCAAGGACGGGGUUCCCUCUGCCACCAAGGACGGGGUUCCCUCUGCCACCAAGGGCGGGGUUCCCUCUGCCGUCAAGGACGGGGUUCCCUCUGCCACCAAGGACGGGGUUCCCUCUGCCACCAAGGGCGGGGUUCCCUCUGCCACCAAGGACGGGGUUCCCUCUGCCACCAAGGACGGGGUUCCCUCUGCCACCAAGGACGGGGUUCCCUCUGCCGCCAAGGACGGGGUUCCCUCUGCCACCAAGGACGGGGUUCCCUCUGCCACCAAGGAUGGGGUUCCCUCUGCUGCACAGGACGGGGUUCCCUCUGCCACCAAGGACGGGGUUCCCUCUGCCACCAAGGACGGGGUUCCCUCUGCCACCAAGGACGGGGUUCCCUCUGCCACCAAGGACGGGGUUCCCUCUGCCGUCAAGGAUGGGGUUCCCUCUGCCGCCAAGGACGGGGUUCCCUCUGCUGCACAGGACGGGGUUCCCUCUGCUGCCAAGGAUGGGGUUCCCUCUUCCGCCAAGGACGGGGUUCCCUCUGCCGCCAAGGAUGGGGUUCCCUCUGCCGCCAAGGACGGGGUUCCCUCUGCUGCACAGGACGGGGUUCCCUCUGCUGCCAAGGAUGGGGUUCCCUCUUCCGCCAAGGACGGGGUUCCCUCUGCCACCAAGGACGGGGUUCCCUCUGCUGCCAAGGACGGGGUUCCCUCUGCCACCAAGGACGGGGUUCCCUCUGCCGUCAAGGACGGGGUUCCCUCUGCAAUGGAUCAGAAGAUUCUGAAAGCCGAGGAUAAGACGACCAUUGUUCCCACUUCAAACAAUGACAACUCUGCGAAAGAUAAGAGCACUCGCUGCGGCUGCUUCAGAGGCCUUUGGAAGGCUCUGUUUAGCCGGAAGAAGAAGUCCCAAAAGGCAUCGUCAGUCAGCUGAGACACAAUGGGGGCAUUCAAUGAGUUUUGAUAGACUGUAUUUUACUAUUCUAGUAUCUUGUUGGCUUUAGGAUGCCAUUGCUUAAAUUAAUGUCUCUGGAUAUGAUAACUGGGGCAAAAAGAGGCAGUUACAACUGCAGUAUGUGGAUAUCAUAUUGUUUUGUAGUUGUUAAGAUGCCAUACUGUUAAUGCAAACCAUAUGUUGUUGCAACAUUACUUUCUGACAAUACCAUAAUCAGUGGCAGACUCUGUUUCAUGUAUGUUGACUAAAUGUACAGAAGUGGUACAUGGCGUGUUGUGCCUUGAUGUUGUUUAGGAGUCAUGCAACACAAACAACAAACUAGAAAACAGCAUCAUGAUGUCAUGUUGGACUGUACAAUAAGUUAUGCAGAGACAGGGAUGUGAGGUAC